GUCAAUACAGCUAUUCGUGUUUAUAUUUUUUUUACUUUCUGGGUUUGUUCAAGUAUCCUCUGAAAAUUCGGCUAGUCCAGUUUACUAGGUCAGAGAAUGUAAUAAAAACAGUGUGAUAUCUUCUGAUCAAUGGGAGCUGAUAGUGUGAUGUAAAUGUGAUAAAUAUUCAUGAGGUUGCUGGAAUAUUUAUUUACCCAGAUACUUUUUCAGCGGAUCUCUGAAUGUGGUCACGAUGUCUGUUGUCGAAUUAAGGAUUGUGCAUCUUGACCUGAAGGGGGCGCCACCAAAGGUUGAAUAUUUCCAAAAGCUGUUCCCCCUGCUGAGUCAGUGGGGCUGUACGGGUCUGCUGAUAGAGUACGAAGACAUGUUUCCUUAUACUGCACCGCUGGAGGACCUGGCCGCACCGUACGCAUACAGUCGGGAAGCUAUUUUGGAAAUUCUUCAGCUUGCUGCCAAGAAUGGCCUGUCGGUGAUACCUCUUGUUCAGACGUUUGGCCAUCUAGAGUUCAUGUUAAAGCAUGAGAGGUUUUCUCAGAUGAGGGAGUUAUCGAGAUAUCCUAUGGCGCUCUGUCCUUCCCAUCCAGACAGUUUGAGAAUGGUGUGUACCAUGAUAGACCAGGUGAUGCAGCUGCAUCCUGGGAUUGAACACUUCCACAUCGGCUGUGAUGAGGUUUACCACAUCGGUCAUUGUCCGGCCUGCAAGUCUCGGAUGGUCAGCGGUAGUCAUGGUAUGCAUCAGAUGUUUUUCUCACACGUUGCCUCAGUAGCUAAACACAUCCGCAUGAUGCACCCCACGGUAAUACCACUCAUCUGGGAUGAUAUGCUGAGAAAUAUUGAGCUGCCUGUUCUCAUUGACUCUGGCCUGAAAGAUUUGGUAGAACCGAUGAUUUGGCAUUACUUACCUUCAUUUUCACUGCCUACAGAUUUGUUUGAGAGAUUAUCAAAAGUGUUUCCCACUAUAUGGCUCGCCAGUGCAUUCAAGGGAGCCACCGGGGUGUGUCGCUACGUGACUGACGUCACCUACCACAUAGCCAACCACCUUGCCUGGAUCAGUUCACUCAACAACAUCAGGUCGAAGUUCACAACUAUAAAAGGAAUUGUCUUAACAGGCUGGCAAAGAUACGACCACUAUGCAGUGUUGUGUGAGCUCCUUCCACAAGCUAUUCCUUCUCUAGCCAUGUGCCUUGCUGUGUUGCUCAAGGGUGAGUUUACUCCAGAAAUCCACAUGUCUGUGUCCCAUCAACUCAACUUCACAUCCUUACUGCCUCUCAACCCAUUUCACAGUAAUGAAGUUCUUGUUUGUGAUUUUCCUGGCAGUGACGUAUAUUGUUUAAUGUUGGAGUGUUUGAAACUGGAGUUACAGUACGAGGAAUUUCUCCACAAUGACAUGUUUGUGGCUUGGAUGAACGAGUACAAUGUGAAGCGUAACUUCAUCAACGUGCUGUACAUUGAACCAAUCAUUGGAGAAUCCGUCAAGAUUCUGGAGAAACUAGUAGACCUGCAGGCGAACCUCCAGAAGGCGAUGGCGACGGUGUUCUAUGACAACACGGUCAUCGAGUGGCUGCAGGUCGUGUUGUCACCAAAGAUCAAGAAGAUGUCCGAAGUAGCCGAGACGGGACAGAGACUGCUGGCUCAGAAUAACACCACUCAGAUGAUGUCUUGACCUCUCAAGUGAUGCCCUAACCUUAUGAUGGCUCAACCUGCUCACAUAAUGUAAUGACCCUCUUGAAUGAGGUCAUAACCUAAAUAAGGUCAUGAUGCCACUCAAUAAUGCCAUGAACCUCUCAAAUGAUGUCAUGACCUUCUCAAAUGAUGUCAUGAAUCUCUCAAAUGAUUUCAUGACCCUCAAAUGAUGUCACAACAUUCUCACAGUCUUUUCCUUAUAGAUGAUGUCUCCACUCAUGAACAUGGUGUCACAUAACCUUAUCACAGGAUAUCUUGUUCUUUUAGAUGAUGCAUUAAUGUCAUAUAAACAAGAAAUAGAUAAAUCAUUAGUAAUCCAUGUAACUAAUUCCAUACAAAUUAAACUAUCUAGACACAUAACUUUAUUUUGAUUUCAGACUGUAUUUUACUUUUAAAUUUCAGGCACUUAACAAAAUUCAAAAUUGCUGUAGAGUUGGGGGAAGUUUAGGCUUAUAGUUUGAGUACAGAGUAGUUUAAGAGUAGUUUCAAUGAUUCAAUAUGGUAUCAAUGAGUUUUAGGUUUUCACGUAUGUUUUUUUAACGAUUGGUCCUGAUCAGAGAGAGUGAAAUGUUGCUAAGACAACAGUUAAAAACUGCAUUAUGAUCAUAUUUACAUGUGCUGUAUUUUGCUAUUGGUGAUCACUCCAUGAUAUAGAGAUUAUAAUGUGUUACCAUUUGACAUUAACAGAUUAUUACUCAAGAAUUGUCAGUGACUUUUAUUAAUUUUUCUUCUACUCUAGAUGGCUAGAUUUCUGUGAAAUUAUUUUUUUAUAUUAUUUUCAUCAUUUGUAUUAUGUUUGAAUUGCUAUCUAUUGGAUGUGCCCAUAAGUAAGGAUCUGAGACCAAAUCCAAAAUAAAUUUCAAGUUAUGGGUGGUGGCCAAGAUUCUUUCUUUACCGUGUGACCUAAAUAUACAGGUACUUCCCUUGCGUGUGGUCGGAAUAAUUGCUUGUGAAAUCACACUUUGCAUCGUUUCUUCGUGUUAUAAAAUAUAGAGCUAGUCGGACAUUAAAACCAUUAGGCAGCUUUUAUUCUUGAGCAAGGAAAUUCUGAUGUACUGAAUUAUAUUUGUAUAUUUUGUUAUUAAUUUAUUAUUUUAUGAGACUGAAUGAAAUAGCUCACUUUUCAAGUGGCAUAAAACCACUAGCAAAUACACUGAAGAUUAAAAAAAGUUUAGCAAUUUGGUACUACACGUAUAUGUAUUGCAUCCUACUUUAAAAGUCAGUUGCAUUCCAUGACACGACAGUUACACAUUUCAUUUUCUGUAUGAAAAAUCUUCAACUUACACUGACAAAUGAUGUAUUAAUUUUAUUUCUUUUAUUUAUGCAUAUUUACAAAAUUGCUAAACUUUUUUUGUCUUCGUAUAUAUAAUUCAUCAGUUCAGAGAUAAAAUGUGUUGCGUCAGAAAUGACCAACAGUCAACAAACCAGUCUGCAUUGUGUCCAUCUGCAAUGCUUUUUUUAACAAAUGCAACUUUAGAUAUCUUUCAUUAAAACUUUGAUGACUAAAUUCUGUUUGUGUUGUUUUUUUGCCUGUCAAGAUGCAUGUAUGUUUAAUGUAAUUGGAGUUGAAUUUGUGAAUGCAUGUUUUAUGAGACUCCAAUAUGAAUCGACAAAUCAACCACUGGGCAUAAAACAAAGGUGACAAGAUAAUGUUGUUAUACAAAAUCAGUUGCUAAAAACUACUCAGAAUUGCACAGACCUACAGCAAUAAAACAGUCAUAUAAAGUAUUCAACAUGCUAGAAAUUUCAACUCGAGACAAACAAAUGGGUUACAUAUUAAAAAAAACAUACCUGUAUGAACAAACUUUAGUUUCCCCAGAUUUUAAGAUUUAUUUAGAAAUGCAUCCCCUUCACAGCAUUACUUAUGAAAUACAUGUAUGUACCUACUGUCAGUCAUUAUGCUGCAUAAAAUUCUCUCAUGAAACUUGUCAGAUUAUAUAGUAGCUCAUUAAAGGGGCAAUUUCAAUGUUUCUAAUGACCACGUUAUGUAUACUUAUUUUUGUAACUUAUAAAAUCCAUUUAUUUACUACCAUUUUGUAAGGGUAUUUUUUAUUACAACAAUAAAAUCCAACAUGGCAAAUAUUGUUGAUGUAUUGGGGGGGGGGGGGGGGGUGGGGGGGGAUGGGGGUGGAGUGUAAUAAAAAUAAUUAGCUUUGGUCAUUUUUAGACUGUUAUAAUUUGAGACAAAGCAAGAAUCUAGCUUGAAAAAGACAUUCUGGUGAUAAAGCAUAAAAUAAAAACAUUUAUUUUGUGGAAUGUAUUUUUUAUUUUCUAAAAGCACAAACAUCUAGACAAAUCAUAAAGAAAACAAUGUACAAUAUUUUUUUUUUUUUAAACUCCUUUAGAAAAGACAUUACACAAGUAAUUAUUAAAAAUCUUGCACACUGACUUACAAUCACAGAUUUCGAUAUUAGUGGUUGAAUACUAAAAAUGUCUUCAAAAUUAAUGAUACACUUGUCUAUUUUUUCUGGGGUUUUUUUUACUUUAUGUCUUAACUACAAUCAUCUUCAGAAAACACUUUUUUUUGGUCCUGGUGUGAAAUUUUCUGGGAACUUUACACUUUGUACAAUACAGAAGUUCAGUAUAUCCACAAUUACAACAAAACA